AUGACUGCUGCUUUACUUGAUGUACACGCUAACUCAUCAUUACUUACCGUUAUCGACCAAUGGUGGUGUCCAAUAUGUUCCGUCCAAACGGAAGAUGUUCCUCUUUGUGAAAUGUGUCAACAAAUGUUUCUGCUACUAGUAGAAGAUCUUCCUUAUAAUGAUGAAUCGAAAUCAAUCGUGUUUCGUUAUCAAUAUGGACCAAAUGCUAAAACUAAUAAUGUGCAGUGCGAGGCACAUAACGCAUCAAAGCCUAUAUCAGAUGAUAAUGAAAUAACGUUGAUCAACUCGGAUACAUCAGCAUCUGAUACAUAUACGUCACUAACGCUACAAAUAUCAAACGUUGCUCCGUCAUCGGAUGAUGAUCGUAAAUUACCAUUGACAAUAUUUUCAUCACCUGCACCUAGUGAUAUUGAACAAGGUGCUUUAGGCAAUUGUUGGUUCGUAGCUGCUUUAGCUUUAAUUUCUGAACGGUCUCGUUUACUUGAACACAUUCAGCUUACAAAAACAGUCAACAAUGAAGGUGUUUAUCUGAAUAAGAUACAUUUUGUCGAUGGUCAAUUUUCUCAUUCAACACGAUCUAUCGGAUCAGAUUUAUUUACACAAGUUGCCAAAUGGCUACAAAUAUCAAACGUUGCUCCGUCAUCGGAUGAUGAUCGUAAAUUACCAUUGACAAUAUUUUCAUCAUCUGCACCGAGUGAUAUUGAACAAGGUGCUUUAGGCAAUUGUUGGUUCGUAGCUGCUUUAGCUUUAAUUUCUGAACGGUCUCGUUUACUUGAACACAUUCUGCUUACAAAAACAGUCAACAAUGAAGCUGUUUAUCUGGUACGUAUUUGUCCCAAUGGUUUAUGGAAAACCAUUAUUGUUGACGAUUACUUUCAUUGCACAAAACAAAACCACAUUGUCUUCACUCAAGCCAAACGUCGUCAAUUGUAUGUUCCAUUGAUCGAAAAAGCAUGUGCAAAACUAUUCGGUUCUUAUGCCGCUUUGAGAAGUGGAAAUAUGGAUGAAGGUCUACAGUUAUUGACUGGAGCGCCAUGUGAUUAUAUUGAUCUUAAACCAUCGGAUACUACACUCGAUGGUGAUAGCAUCUGGACUAAACUAUUAUCUGCUUGCGAAUCAAAAUCAUUGAUUGGAACAUCAUCAGGUGGAACUGGUGUGAGUUCAGAAGAAUAUGCUCGUGUUCGUAUUCAUAAUAAUCAUGCAUUUUCUGUCCUUGCUGCGCAUGCACUUAGCAAUGGAUUAUCUCGAUUUGUGCUCCUUCGUGAUCCUCAUUCUUAUUCAAAUUAUCGAGAAGAAUCAGUGACAGAAAGUGUUCUCAAGCAAUUACGUUCAGUUAAUCCUGCACAUCGUUCUACAGGAGCUUUUUGGAUAUCAUGGCCUCGAUUUCUUCGGUAUUUUUCAUCAUUAACUAUCUCGACUUAUAAUAGUGAUUAUUUUGAUAUACGUGAGCAAUCUAAAUUUACUCGAGCGUCUACUCAAUAUAUAAUGACUUACCAUUUUCGUGUACCAAAAACAUCAUUCGUCACUAUAAGUUCGAUACAUCAUCUUCGUGAUCGAACAACACGUAGUUCUCUUACUCAGUCAUUUGUUCUAUGUGAUGCUGACGAAUUAGCAUUAACUGGCAUUGUUGGUAAACGGAAAAGCAUAUUGAUAGGUAAAAGUGGAGGCUUCACACAUUGGACAGGUUCAUUACAAGCUGGUUGUUAUGUACUUCUACCUUUCUCAACUAGUUUCUGGCAAAAUCAUAAAGAAAAUAGAAAUUUUACUCUUGUCAUAUAUUCAAGUAAUCAACUUGAUUUAGCUAAGAAAGAUAAACCGGCAACAUUUCUUGCUGAUUGUCUGAUUUCAGCUGUUAUGAAAAAUUCUAAAAAAGAAGCAGAUCUGUCUGUUUGCAUUUUUCUUAUAAAUAUAUUGGCUGAAUAA